AAGGGGGUGCAACUCAAUAUUAGGAAAGUUAAUCAGUUACAUUCUGGACUUGUGUUCCUUCCUGGUAUAACUGAAUGGUUGACUGAAGGGCUGUGGUCUAAGUGAGAUCAUAUGAGAAUCAUGAGUGACACUUCUAUUCUUGGUGGAAUUGGUUUUGGAUUAAGGAUACACAUAGCCAUUGCAUUGCGUGCAAACAUAGACCAUUUCAUAAUUAUAUUUUGUUAGAUAUAGCUAGGCUAUAUCAGAGAAUAGUUUUUUUUUCUUCUGCUAGGGCUAUGGGAUGGCGGGCGCUUCAGCAGGUGUCAGAGACAUUGAUUGACAGCUGCGAACGUGACGUCAUAUCGGGGGGCGCCGUGGUGGAGUUUGUGUUUUAGAAGAGGUUACAACGCUCGGUGUGGGAAGUACCGAAAGAAAGAGAGCACCACUCAAUAAUUCAUAGUGCAGCCUUCACCAGCCUGUGCGCAGACUACCGGAGCAGAUUAAAAAAAAUGGUUGUAUCCUAUUCCUAAAUAAAUACUUUUGUGCAAUUAGCGGAUACCUACGGUAACCACAAUCUUGGUCACAGUCCCGCUGACUGAUUCCAUACUUUAUUUUUGACAGUCAAAUAGACUAGGAUAAUUGGCGAAAACAUCCACAGAUGUUUUUUUUCCUCCCACCUCUUGCGACAGGCUGCGAUGUUCAUCCUAGCAUAUGCUAUAUGAAGCAGCAGGUGGUAAUGGUGGCAAACAGCAGUAUCCAGAGUCCAGAGGGAGGCAGGGCCAUGCUACAGCUCUAGCCACAGGCUGAGGGAUUCCAUGGACACUCAUUAACUCAAUGCCACAAAACCGGGAUUGAGUGGGAAGUUUGGGAAUAUCGGCCAGGGGUGGUUGGAAUGGGCAAGUUACUAAUUGACUGAUAGACUGCUAUGGAAGGAGCGGGAUCCACUACAAUCUCUGUGAAUGUAACUCUCGGCUCAUUUCCCCAGGGGGAGUUGAGCUGGGAUCGCUCAGCUAGGAUUAGAGACCAGUACCGAGUGUCUGCCUCUGCCAUCCCAUGCUUCUAUCUGUAGCAGGCACAGUUGGGGCGUUGCUAUGGCAACACGUGCCCUGCACCGGGGUGUAGAGUCUCAUCACUUGCUCUACUAUCUCUGAUAUCUGAGGAAGAUGGAACAAGCUUGACUACUAUUUUUUUACCUCGUCAUGCAAUAACUGGUGGAGGUCACCUGAGCCAUGGCCAAACAGGACUCCCCACUGUUCCUCCACGGCUUUGACCUGGGGGACGUCUUCAUAGACCCCCGGCCCCUGGGCAGCGGGACCACUGGUCUGGUUCUGUCCGCUGUGGACAAGCGCAGCGGCCAACGGGUGGCUGUGAAGAAGCUGGUGAUGCGUGACGUGGUCAGCGUGAAGCACGCCCUGCGGGAGGUCAAGAUCACGCGGCGCCUGCAGCACGAGAACGUGGUGCGCGUGCACGAGGUGUUGGGCCCCCACGGCCGCCCGCUUCAUCGCGACCCAGCCCAGCUGAGCGCCCUGUACAUCGUCCAGGAGUGCAUGGAGAUGGACCUAGCUCACCUGCUGGAGCAGGGGCCACUUCCUAGCGGGCACACCACUCUGCUCUUCUACCAGCUCCUUCGAGGCCUCAAGUUCAUCCACUCAGCCAACGUGCUGCACCGCGACCUCAAACCAGCGAACAUCUUCCUCAACACAGACCAGUUACUGCUCAAGAUCGGCGACUUUGGCCUGGCCAGAAUCGUUGACCCACACUACUCCCAUAAGGGCUACCUGUCAGAGGGCUUGGUGACUAAAUGGUACCGAUCUCCACGCCUGUUGCUCUCUCCCAACAACUACACCAAGGCCAUCGAUAUGUGGGCAGCUGGCUGCAUCCUCGCAGAGAUGCUAACGGGACGCAUGCUCUUUGCAGGAGCCCAUGAACUGGAACAGAUGCAGCUGAUCCUGGACACAGUGCCUGUGUUGAGGGAAGAGGACCGCCUGGAUCUUCUGCAGGUCAUGCCCACUUAUGUCAGCCAUGGCUGGAAGGUCAAGAGGUCAUUUAGGGAGCUGAUCCCUGAGGUGGAGGCGGAUGCCAUUGAUUUUCUGGAGCGUAUCUUGACCUUUAACCCCAUGGACCGGUUGACGGCAGAAGCGGCCCUGUCCCAUCCCUUCCUGCAGCAGUACUCAUUUCCUCAGGACGAGCCCAUGUCGCCCCAGCCCUUCCGCAUAGAGGACGAGCUGGAUGAUAGCCUAAUCACGGAGCCUGGCCACAGUCACAGCCAGGCCUUUAGCUCUCACUGGGACAGGUAUGAGACCAGCCUGUCAUCAGACUUGUGCUGGCAGCAGCAGGGUGGGUGUCAGUGCUUGCCUGGGGUCUCGGAGGUGGGUGACCCAGAGGAGGAGGUCCUGAGGGAUCCCAAGGCAGGCUCUAACCCCUUGUUGGAGGAGGCCCAGGUGGACCCUCGCAAGUAUUCCAACAGCAGCUCUGCCGAGCGCUUCCUGGACCACUCCCACUCCUCUCUGGAGCGUGCUUGUGGGGGCGGGGCCUAUACUGAGCUGGACUGUGACCGUUCCUGUGACUACAAAGUGGGCUCUCCUUCCUAUCUAGAUAAGAUUGCGUGGAGGGAAGACAAACCGCAGCACUACUCCGAGCCCAAACUGAUCCUGGACCUGUCUCACUGGAAGAGGAACAGACAGCUGCCGGUGCCUGAGCCUAGAGGGGCCAGUGUGGAGAAGCCGCCUGUGGAGGAGCCGCCUGGGGACCUGUUCCAGGAGAUAUCUCGGUGGGUGGAGAGCACUCAGUCUCGCCUCCACUCCCCCAGCCUGCCCCAGGAACCCCUGCCUUCACCCCUGCCUUCACCCCCACUGCCCCUCUCUCCCACUCUCCUCCCCGCCCCCCUCUUCCACUGCUGUUCGCCGGUCCUAUGGCCCUCAGCUGGACUGGACGACACACUCAGCCCACCUGGCUCAUCCCGCUCCCCUCCCUCUCUGUUGCCCUCUUCUCCUCCGUCAAUGUCACCUCCGAUUCCUUCGUCGAUCCAUGAGCGCUUCCAGAUGCUUCCCUCCAGGGGGCAAGGGGGCCCGUUUGACCUGGAUGUGUUCAUCACAGCCCUGAAGCUGUGUGGUCAGAGUGAGGACCUCGGUGGAAACCCAGACGAGGCCAAACAGGCCAACAUCAAUGGCGUAUCCAGGCUUCCAGAGCGCAGACCACCCCCACGUCAGACUCCCAACUCCUGAAAGGAGCUGGGGUCCAAGGCUAACGCAGAGAGCACUGGCAGACUGAAUAGUGAACGCAUGUAGAAGGGAAAAAAUUAAGUUGCACAUGAUUUAAUGGGUACAGUUGUUUUUUUUCUUUACCCAUAAAUCAUUGGGGUGUGCGACUUUCUUUAAUUUCUUUCAUAAGUAAGCGUUGCCUUGACACUAACUAACCCUGCUCACUUAAACUAGUGGUGCUGCUCCUAUGUUCAGAGCUGAUUUACUGUAUGUUACAAGAAUAAGAGGAGCGUGAGGUGUGGAUCAAGUUCCAUUUGGUACUGUACGAACAACAUAAGCUUCUGGCGGUUUCGCUACUGCAUACCACCAGUAGCAAAACUUCAUUUACUGCUGUCAGUGUGGUCACUGCUGUAAAUGAAUGUACGUUGUACAGUAGCUAACCGAAAGGCCUAUGUUUCUUCAAAGCAGCGAUGUGUACUCAUUACAAGAAUGCCUGCAAAUGAUCAACAUUUGGUUGGAGAGAGGAACUCCCGGGUAUUCCAUAGCAGAAUAGGUUGAAGAGAAAGCAAUCAGCUAUUUUUGUUUACAUUUUUUGUUGAAAUGACUCUUUUAAACUAAACCCUUUUGGUUGUUAAGAUAUCUUCCGAAUGUGAGUAGCUAUACAGUAGGUCUUGCUGCAGCAAAUAGCUAUUUAGAAUUAUACGAAUAUCUUCCAUUUAGUGGGAAGUAUUUCUUAUAAAGAAAUGGGUCUGAAUGUAUUUAUAGAUCCACGUCUUAGCAUGUGAACAGUUAUCUCUGGUCCAGGGAGUUGUGGAGAGUGUUUGUGGAGAAACGCUCACUAAUGACCUGGACCAGAGCUAAAGAACAGAUAAAGGGAGAUGGCCCCUGGGAAUCCUAGAAUGAUGUUGAUACGUUUGAACGUUUUACUGUUAACAACUGUAUACAUUGAACUACUGUUUCUUACAGCAUCUUCCAGAUGCCAGUAAUUGUUUGUUGACAGUUUAAGGUACAGCUUUUGUGGAUUUUCUGUGUGUUAUUAUUUAUCUGAAAAGGAGUGCUCUCACAGUAAUACAGUAAGAUAUCUGUCUAGCUUUUGCACACCUAUGUUCUCAUCACAGGGAGAUAUAAACAGAACAGUGACAACACUGUAGUCAGCCUGUAGCUGAUUAUCAUCACCAAGCUGACAUCAGAAAGCCUUCGGAAUAGUCAUGCACAAGGACCAGCAGCUAAAAGGUCACACACUCAUCAAGCACUCUAAACUCCAUGGUAGUGUCACAAAAUUAUGAUGAUGCCCUUUUAGUGUAAGAGCAGUUUGAAAAGACCACCUGAAAGAGUUCCAAACCUCUCUGCCAAUAACAGCUAGUUUCCAGUUUUCCCCUCCCCACUCCCAGAUAGUCAAGCACAAUUCUUGCUAAGAAGCUAUCUUUGUUUAUUUUUUGACCAUUUUUAAAUGAAAACAAUCACAGUACGGUACUUAAUUGUUACCCAUAAAUGAUUUGAUAUUGAGAUAAAAAGGUCCAAUGCAGUCAUGUUUAAGGUUCCAUUUGGGACACAGCCCUUGUCUCCUGCUUUUACCAUCGUUCCUACUAGUCAAUGACAGCUAACGUUCCAAAAUGGUUGGAUUUCAUAAUGAUAUUAUACUCUUGAGUCAUGAGCAAAUGAUCUCAUUGCACAAUAUCACCUGGCAUUUUAAAGGGGACACAAUAAGCGAGCAUAGUCAAUUCUGGAAAUUGCAGGGUGCAAACUGUUUUCAGAGCAGUGCAUUGUCAUUUUAACAUACAAAAAAAAGCACAUUGGACAGGCACUGCCAGGGACCAGGUUCUUAAAGGCCAAUUAGGCUUCAUGUGCAGUGACAGAUGCUAUCUGGGCAAGUCCAUGUUAUUUUAUUGGUAAAAUAGGAGUCCGCAAUAAUAUCAGAAAUAUCUUAUUAGAUCCGAUGUGCUUGUUGAGACAGAAUUAUGUUCCUUUUAGUCUGGGAGUCGGGUUAUGAAUGUGCCUCAGAAUAGGCCUACAGGCUUUUGCACACCCAAAUAGGCCUAUGUUUCCAGCUCGCUGAAUGUAAUAGUUUUGCAUGGCUUGAUCCUUGAUGAAAACUAUCAAAUGAUUUUAACUAUAUAAAUUGUGGACCAUCUUUAUUUGAGGAUGUCCUGGUUGUAUCACAUAUGGUACAAUCUGCAGCUUUCACAGCUGAAAUCAAUUUACACUAUCCCUUUUGCAGUUCCUCUUUUGCUGAUCAACUAAAAAUAAAAGUUUCCAAAACA